AUGGUAGGACGUCAACCUGGAAUUCUCAAUGAUGCCCUCGGCGCAGUAGGCAAUACACCUUUGAUCAGAUUGAACAAAAUACCUCAACAAUUCGGUAUCCAAUGCAAUGUUUUGGUAAAAUGUGAAUACUUUAACGCAGGUGGAAGCGUGAAAGAUCGUAUUGCUGCACGUAUGCUUGACGAAGCUGAACAACAAGGCUUGGUCACUCCAGGUAAAACUGUCAUCAUAGAACCAACUUCGGGAAACACCGGUGUCGGCUUGGCAUUGGCAUGCGCCGUGAAGGGUUACAGAUGCAUCAUCGUUUUACCCGAAAAGAUGAGUGCUGAAAAGGUGGCAACCCUCAAAGCAUUGGGCGCUGAAGUUAUCAGAACACCUACUGAAGCAGCUUGGGAUGAUCCACGUAGCAACAUCAUGACCGCUCGUCGAUUGGCCGAAGAGACGGAAAAUGCAUACAUCUUGGAUCAAUACAACAAUCCCAACAAUCCAUUAGCUCAUCGCGUCACCGCACAAGAAAUCAUCGAUGAUGUCACUGCCGUCAGUGCAAAUCAAGGACCUCUCACUCCAGCAUCUUCUCCUCGUCACCACGUCACAAAUUUGAACAGUAGCAGUGGCAAAGUCGAUGUCCUGGUUGCCGGUGUAGGAACCGGUGGUACCGUGAGCGGAAUUGCCACUCGUUUACGUGAGGAUGACCACAAUCCUGAUUUGUUUGUUUUGGGUGUUGAUCCAAUCGGAUCUACCCUUGCCGUUCCAGCUUCGUUGAACGAAUUGGAGAAUGGCGAAUCAGGAGCUUACAAGAUUGAAGGUAUCGGUUAUGACUUUGACCCAAAAUCUUUGGACAAACAACAAGUUUCCGCAUGGAUCAAAACCCGUGAUGAAGAAUCAUUUGAUUAUGCUCGUCAAUUGAUUCGCAUGGAAGGAUUGUUGUGUGGUGGCUCAAGUGGUGCCGCUUUGGCAGGUGCAAUGCGCUUUUUGAAAGAAGGUGGUGAAGGAUAUGAUGCAUUCGGUAGCCAACAAGGUAAAAAUGUCGUCAUUAUCUUGCCUGAUAGUUUGCGUAACUACAUCACCAAGCCAUGGCUCAUAGAAGGUACCAAGGAAGAGCAACACAUCGCUUGA